UUUUUCAAAGAAAUUUUUAUUUAUAAAUUUUUUGUUUUUCAUUUUACUUUAGAAUAUUGUCUAUAGUUUUCAUUUUCUUCUUCUUAAAUGAAAGAAUAAAAAGCAACCGAAGCGUAAAUCUCGAAACAAUUAGAAAAGAAACCGCUCAAGAACUUGUGAAAAAGCAAAAAACCAGAAUAGUGUACCAAGUAAUGGAAAAUAUUGAAAAUACACAAAGAAAAUAUUCUUCUGUUUUAGGCGGAAAUGCUGGAGAAUUGAAUGCUUCAAGAACACUUGCAAUAAUUAAAAAAAAAAAAGUUAACAACGUAAAGCCAAAAGUGAACGUUAUCUUUUUAAAAACCCACAAAACAGGAUCCUCAACCGUAACAAAUGUGUUGCAAAGGUUUGCAAAAUCGCACCACCUCAAAGUAGCGUUACCAAAAUGCGACCAUAGGUUUUGUUACCCGCGUAAGUUUGAAACAAGUUUUUUAUACAAACCCUAUUUUGACAACAAGUACAACAUGUUGUUUAAUCAUGCUGUUUUUCAUAAAAAGAACAUGCUUUCAAUUAUGGAAAACAACAAUGCAAAGAUAGUAACCAUUAUUCGAGAACCGUUUUCUCAAUUUGAUUCUACUUCCGAUUACUUCAAUUUUAGAAAGUUUUACAAACUUAACAAUGAAACGCCUGUAAUGGAUGCUUUCUUUGAAAAUUCAAAUGAAGAACUUAAAAAAACGGUCCUAUCUUUCAAUCCGUUGAAUGAUACUCACGGUGCGUUUUCAUUGGCUAAAAACCCUAACAGCUUUGACUUGGGUUUUGAUGUUUGGAACGAGAGUUCUGAGUAUAUACAAAGCGUAAUAAAGUCGAUUAAGCAAGACUUUCAUCUUGUCAUGAUUAUGGAGUAUAUGGAAGAAUCAUUUGUACUAUUAAAAAACGAACUUUUCUGGGAUUUAGAAGAUGUAACUUUUAAUGUACAUAACGCGAGAAAAAAAAAGGUAAAAAACACAAAGGACAAAGAAAAAAUAAAAAAUAGAGUUUAUAGUUGGAAUAAGCUGGAUGCUGAAUUAUACAACUUUUUUAAUAAAACAUUUUGGGAAAAAGUUAAAAACGCAGGAAAUGAUUUUGAAAUAGACGUACAAAAAUUGAAAAUCAUGAAUAAAAAUAUUAAAGAGCGGUGUUCAACUGAGAGUUCUAAAGUUAGUGCGGAAACAAUCUUAAAAUAUUUAAUAAUGGAACGUGAAAAUAAUAUUAGAAAUAACUUUAAUAAGUUUGGUUAUGUGAAAUGCAUAGAGAUUUUAGCUAAUGAUAUUGAGUUUACAAAAUGGUUUAAAAUUUUUUUUUAAUAGGAUCAAAAAUGUAUCCAUAAAGUUCGUAAAUUUGCCUUCACGCCACCACAAAUCAACCAAAAGUUGUCUCAUUGUCUUCACAUCAACGCAAACCAACGUAGCAUUUUCUCCUCCGUCAUCUUACCUUCAAAUGAAGUAAAAACUAAAAACUAGUAGUUUUCAAUUAAACAAAUUGUGUGCGUUUGUAUAAUUCGAAGUUCAAACUUAUUUAAAAUUAUUUCUUUGUUAUACAGAAGUUUUUUUAUCUGCAACAUAUCUCGUAUGCAUUUACCAAAUUCUCUUGUUUCAUACAAAUUUUCUUAUUAAAAU